ACAGCGGCUGCUGAUGCCUGAAGUUUCCUCCAGGAAUUAAAGCAGCUGCUAAAAAAUGUCCUGAAAACAGGAGGAAGGAUUGUGGUGCUGGUUGUAACCCGCAGGGAAGGCUCCCAAAGGCACAGAGCUGCGCUCGAUGAUCUUAAAGGACUUUUCCAACCUUAAGGAUUCUAUAAAGGCUCGGGGAAAGGGGGAGAAGAGGGAUGGUGGCCUGGCUGUGGGACAGGGAGGCUACCUGAGCCUGGGGAGGGGAAAUUCAGCUUAAAACAGACAAGAAAGCCUGAAGAACGUCCAAGGCCAAGGAAGGGCUGUGAAGGUAUGGGAAAUGGGCCAGGGAAAUGGUGUGCUCGGUUAUUACAAUUACUGAUGUCCGUCUGCCUUCCCAGUUCGCAGAAAAGCCGGAUGCCAGGUUGUGUCUCGUGGAUCUGACAAGAGCUGAAUCCACGUCAGUGCCGAGGGCAACGUCCCCUCCUCCCGGUCCCAGGAAAAGCCUGGCCAGGAGCAGGGCACAGGGUGAGCACCCAGGGCUUGUGCUGGCACAGGGGACAACGGGCUGGGACCGAACCACGUUCGCAGCAGGAACCAGCACGAGGCCGAGAGAAAGCCAGGGUAUGUCCUGUGUCUGCACUGCCCCUCGCCCAGAGCUUCCCAGGCUUUAGGGGAAAUGGUUUCCCUAUCCCAGGCGUGUCUUGGCGUCUCGAGCUUUUUCUUCAUCCAAAAGGAGGGUAAAAGAUCUGUGGAAUAUUGAAAUUUGAACAAAUAAAGGGAGGAUGCCAAAACUGUUGUGUUUGAGUCAGGCUGGGAGGCAGCAGGAGUGUAAAUUUUGGUCUGACAAAAAAAGCAGCGGUGGGUGAAAUGUUGUGACCAUUGACAAAUUUUCUAGAGAACUCGUUGAGAAAUCCAGCAAAACUCAUUCUUUCCAGUGGAAAGCCUUCACAUUUCUCUGGAUCUGCAUUUUCAAAGAAUAAUAGAUUUUUAUCAAAAAUUUCCAGUGAGCUGUUCCUCUAACCCAAGAGGAAAUUACCUUCCCUGCAACUCAAUUAUAGCACCUUUUCUCAUCCCUUUUUCCUCUUUUUUUUUCUUCCCUUUUCUCUCUUUCUCUCCAUGGAGAUGAACCAGAGCUUCACCUACUUCCAGAGCUGAGGAAUAUCCUGGGAGCUGAUGGCAGACAUCACUCCUCAAGCCACCACAGCCCAGCAGAGUGGGAAGAAUGCUCCUCAUCCUCUGCAUUCAGCAGAGCAGAAAUGAACCUAAAUCUCCCCAGUGCAGAUGAUGUAAUGAAGAUCACGUGCUGUAGGCUGUUGUUUCACCCAGCUGAAGGACUGAGCCAAGAAGAGGAAUUGACGUUCGAAGAAGGUUUGGUUUGGCUUUAAAAGGAAGGGUUUAAUUUUUUCCUGCUACUCAGUCCUUGCAAAAGUUUCCUGUGAAGAGGGAUUGCUAAAAGUACCUCUCAUAUGAGGCAGCCUCGGGCAGGGCACUGGUGUCACAGUUCCCUGUGUGGCACUGCCUCCAGUGCCCUUGCCUUCCACGUCCCAAAGGAAGGGAUGGGGUGGGACUGAUCCCUCCUGUCCCCAUCCUGAUCGGGGCUCCCAUCACCUGCAAAGCAAGUCCCUCAUGCCAGCCCAUCCUCCCAUGGUUCCUCUCUGCAUUCCUGUUCUCCAGCAGCUUUUCUGACCACUGCUCACAGCUUCUGAACCCCCUGGUGAUCCGUGUGCCCUCCCAGCUGCCAUCCAGCACCAGAAAUGUCCUGGCAACCCCUGGAGAUGCUUCAGGUCCCAGAACAAGACACUGCCCACACCCUGAGGAGGAGUUUCCCUGAAUGGCACAAGAGCCCUUGGAGAAGCAGAUCAGGUUCAUCUGUGCCACCUGGGAUUGAAGCCAGACAGUGACCCUACACAGCAGCACCAGCCCUCAGGUGCUGGUUCGGGGAUGAUCGCUGCCAACAACAGCUGGACCCUCCUCCACGCCCCUCCUUGUCCCUGUCCUGCUGUGAAUGGCACCGAAACCGCCUUUGUUCCCCUGCCGGGCGGGGGCAGGACCUGCCUCCGGCGUCUAUAAAAGGGGGCGGGGGUGCCGAGCAGCCCCAGCCCCGCUCCCGGUCCCCAUCUCGGUCCCAUUCCUGGUCAUGGGCCACCCCAGUGCCACCGUGUUGCUGUGCCAGCUGGGUCUGUCCACGGCCAUCCAGUGGCUCGGGCUGACGGGCAGCGGGGUGUCCUGGAACGAGAGCCAGCACUGCCGGCUGCUGGUGCCGGAGCAGCUCCAGCUGUGCCGCCGGAACCUGGAGGUGAUGCCCAGCAUCGUCCGGGCCGCCCGCCACACGCAGGCCCUGUGCCAGCAGAGCUUUGCAGACAUGAGGUGGAACUGCUCCUCCAUCCAGCGAGCCCCCAGCUUUGGCCCUGACCUGCUGAAAGGGACCCGGGAAGCCGCCUUUGUGUACGCGCUGGCUGCUGCCACCAUCGCGCACGGCAUCGCCCGGGCCUGCGCCUCGGGGGAGCUCCCGCUCUGCUCCUGCGGCCCCGGCCCCCCCGGAGACCCCGGCCCGGGGGGCAGGUGGGGGGGCUGCGGGGACAACCUCGGCUACGGCCUCCAGCUCGGGGCCGCCUUCGCCGACAGCUCCUCCAGAGCCGGCAGGUCGGGGACACACGGGAGCAAAGCCGUGAACCUGCACAACAGCGCCGUGGGCAGGACGGUGCUGAGUGACUCCCUGGAUACCAAGUGUAAAUGCCAUGGUGUUUCAGGCUCCUGUUCAGUGAAGACCUGCUGGAAGGGACUGUCAAGCCUGGAUGAAAUUGCCUCUGACCUCAAGUCCAAGUACCUGGCAGCCAUCAAGGUGUCCCACCGGCUCGUAGGGCCCAGGAAGCAGCUGAUGCCCAAGGAUACGGAUGCCAGGCCAGUAACAGAGACAGACCUGGUUUAUCUCAUCAACUCUCCUGACUACUGCACCCCAAACCUCCAGCUGGGUUCUCUGGGGACACAGGACAGGCAGUGCAACAAGAGCUCUGUGGGCAGUGCCAGCUGUGCCCUGCUGUGCUGUGGCCGCGGGUACAACACGUACAUGGAGGAGGUGGAGGAGCGGUGCCACUGCCGCUACCGCUGGUGCUGCUCCGUCGUCUGCAGGAGGUGCCGGCGCAGGGUGGAGAGGCACGUCUGCAAAUAACAGCCCAGGACUCUGCUGGUGCCCUCCAGGAACUGCUGGGGAGUGGACACCCACCCCAGGGGAUGCUCCGAGCAGGGAGGGGGCUGUGCAGGAAGCCUGGCCUCUCCAUUGCCAUGGAAAACAUCACCCUGAGGGAUUCCGGGAAGCCUCCGGUCCCUUCCUACCCGACCCCUCCUGCAGCUGGGCAGUGAUCAGCCCUGCCUCCAGCUGGGAGCAGCCAUUGAUCACCCCACAGGAACAGCCCCUUUCUCUGGUGUGAAUGGGGACCCUGGGCUGCCAUUGUCCCUGUGCAGGGGGUUCUGACAGCCAGGAGUGAUGGAUGGGAAGGGGGUAGAGUUAUCCCUUCGGAGAAGGCUGCAGCGACACAAAGCUGCAUCAUGGGCAGCUCCUCUGGGGAUAAUUCUGCCAUGGGCUCACCCAACACCACUGGAUGUUCCUCCUCUGGAGCAAACACUGGUCCAGGGCCAUUUGCAGCAUGGGAAUAAAGCCCAGGCUUGGACACAGACAGAACCAGUCACUGCCCCAGGAGCCAGGACUCAUCAAUCCUCCCCCAGACCUACACAGACAUGGCUGCUGCUCUCAUUGAUGGCAGACAGACCAGGGACAGGAGAGGUCCUGGAGGCUGCCAGAACAGGGCAAAGCUGCACCUGCCAGGUGUGUAUUAAGUGGGCAGCCUGGCAAAACUGCUCCUGCCAGCUGUGGGUUACCAGCCCCACCAUGGCAUCACUGGAGCUUCUGCUCUCUGGGCUCCUCUUGGAGGUGGAAGCGCACUCAGUGCAAGUAACCCUCAUGGCUUGUCCUUCCUGCCCCUUCUCUUGCACCCCUGAGGUCUUUAGCCCACUCUUUCCACUCCCUCAGGACCAGGCGUGCUGGGAGUCUGGCCUGGAGAGGGGACACUACUCCGGGGCCCUGGGGAAGCAAGAAUGAACCUUUAGUGUCUGUCCUUCCUGUAAGUGGGAUUCUGGUGUGUGUUUUGUAAAUAAAUGUGUUGUAUCCUAACUCUCUAUGGCUUGUUUUGUAGGACAACCUCGUUCCUCCAUCUCCCUCUCUGCUGGCCCAGAGAAAGGGAGGGUGUCAGGAGAGCACAAAGCCCUGUGCCCACACAGUCCUGUGUCCCUACUUUUCACUACACAUAUGUGAGGAGCAGUUCACUUUUAACUCUUUCUGCUGUUCACUGCCUCAGAU